GCGAUGCUACCCCCUGGAGAAACCAGCAGCACCAGCAGCACCUGCAGGACGGACAAUCGAUCGCCCUUGUGUCUGUCUGAUCUGCCUGGCUCCACUCCCCUCCCCUCGCUCCUCGCUCCCCCUACGUCAUUAUUGCAAUCCCCCCUCGAGAGUUAUUUUGUUCACAAUGGCUGACACAAUGGGGGUAAAUGUGUAAAGAGCGUGCGUGUUUUUCCUUCUCGCGUGUGGCUGUGUGUCUGUGUGUGUGUGUGGUGUAGUUGCAGUGUGUUGUGCGCAAUGUUGUUUUGUUGAUGAUGUGCCUCGGUGUAAGUCCCGUACCCGACCGUAGCACGACCAGGACCAGGUCCAGGUUCAGGUUGUUGUGUGGUCGUGUGGUGGUGAAUGCAGUUAUACCUUAAAUAGAUUUGGAAUGUUUGCAAUAUAUCGUUGAGUCCCUCAACACUGAAACCCAACCGAAAACCUGUCUUUCUUGAAUUAAAACACACCCCGCACGGCGGCAAAGGUGAUUCAUUCAAUCUCGCUAAUCGAAACGGCAACGACGUCGACACGAUACCUGUGGAUCGCUCUCUCUCUCUCUUUAUCUCUCUCUCUCAAUCUCUGGCUCGCUAAAUUCCGGCUCGAAUGAUGCGAGAAAAUGCAAAUACGGCAAAGUGUUGUGGCACGACGGCCAAGCAUCCGAAAUGUGUAAUUUUAAAUGUGGCAAAGCUAUUAGCAUACAUAUAUUUCAUACCAUUCAUAUACUGAUUUAUUGCUUCACAAGUAAAUGCAUCUGUUGACGAAUUUAUUGACCAAACACACUCCCAUAUUUUAGGUUCUUUCCAACACCGAGGGGCGUGGGUGUCGGAUGGCGGCGGAAGAGCGGAAGGGCGUCCAGGCAGCCCAGAGAAGCAGAUGAGACGAGCUUCGUCCACUUUCUCACUGCUCCCUGGUUUUGUUGACCCGCCACCGCACGCCACCACUACCACAUUGGCCGGUACACAGCGGUCGCGGUUUGGGGCACCAAACCUCUUCAACGCGAAUCACGACCCGCGCUAAAUUCCGUUUGGAGAAUUGUUUGAGCAGACAGCAAAGCUGCAAUGACAAAGCUGCCAAACUAUGCUAGACAUUAUUUCCCAGUAAAAUCGUAACGGCGAUCAGUUCAUUAAUGUACAUAAUUAUUGUCAGCUUAUCUUAUUACCCCAUCGGCCAGAUUGUUAUAAUACUGCCUACCAAGGCGAACGAAAGCCAUUAUAAAAGAAUGGCCCAGAAAAAUGUCUCAAGAUCGCUUUAGAUGAUGAAAUUGAUAGAGUAGUUGGAAUUCAAUAUUCAAAACCGACAAACUGUCAGUUAUCACAAUGGUUUCGCCAUUUCUAGCCCUGAUAUUUCACGGGGUGGACGCUAGAAAAACGAAAUUACCACCGUAUUUUGGCUUAGAUUCUUCUAAUCUGGACAACGGGUUAUACGUUUAUCAGCAUUCUUGAUGAUUAUCUUAUCAAAAGGCCUUGAUUUGUAAAGAAUCUGAUUUGGCGCACGUUUUGCUGGCGUGAACAGGGCCUCGCGGAUGGUGCCGUAAACCGUAGCCCAGCGAUUUGUCUACCUGGUUCUGGUUCGAAUAUCCUGAAAGAAAAUUAUACUAAAUUGCAGUGAAAAAUAAUAACAACAGAAAAUCCGGCCGUGUUGUGAAAAGUUUACUUCCAUAUACCGCUUAUACCUUAUACGAUAUAAUAGCUGUAGUUGGGCGAAGGUUCGCCCAACACACACACACCCAUUACACAGUGCACUUACUAUCCGGUUGCGGAAGGUGAUACGUAUCAAUACCAAUCUCUCUACCAACGACUACCUAAAGGGGGCUCCCUUGCCCGCACAGCGCACAGUAUAGUGGACCCAAAAUGGGUAACCAAUGGGUCCGUACUAUGAGCAGUCUAGGCCAAUGGACCAAUGGUUGAUGGUCAAUUUAGCCAUAUCUCUUUAUCCUUAACGAAAAACAAACCACCCCCCCACUCAGCAGGACUUCUGCGUAGCAACCGGCAUUCACAACCGACACCCCGCGAGCAUCCCACCGCAGCUCAGCAGCCACGAUGUCGUCCAAGAGGAAAUCACCACCGAACAAGCUCUCCAAUGCCAACGCCGCGGUGACGAUCGAGAAGAACAACUUCAAGAAGAUCUCGCUGAAGAAUGAGGAGUUCAUCAAGUCGUCACCGGUAAAGGAGCUGAACUGUACGUUCGACACGAACUUCCUCGCGAUGCAGAAGAUGAGCGCCGAUCCCAAGUUCCUGAAGCACGACGAGGUGCUCGGUGGUGCAGGAGGAGGUGUAGGUACUGGUGGGGAGGUCGGUCGACAUGGUGCGCACGACCAGGAGCACCUGAUCCCGGUCGAGCCCGACUUUCAGUACAAUCUGCCGUUCCUGAACGUGGCCAGCUAUAUCCUGAAGGGCUCCGAUCCGGGGCUGGCGGCCAAGGCGGACAACUUUCAGCUCACGAUGAACCUGGACAAUCUAAAUAUUUCACACCAACAUCACCUUCACCAGCACCAGCACCAGCACCAGCACCAGCAGCAGCAGUAUCACCAUCAACACCAUCAACCACACCACCACUCGCAGCAUCACUCCCAGCAUCACCACCAGCAUCACAAUAACAACAAUAGCAACAAUAACAGUCAGCAGCUACACCAGCACGGCUCACCGACGCCCUCACCGACGGCUGGCAGUCAGCUCAAGAUGCCGCCGAUGGCUGCAGCAACGGCGGCGGCGGCAGCGGCAAUGGCGACCACAAAUCCACCACCCCGCAAGCUCAACAACAUGAUCCUGAACCACCUCAAGUCGAUCGUUGACAACUUCGAUUGUCUCAACAACAACAACGUGAACAAUGAGAAAAACAAUUGCGAUGAUGCGGUAACAGCUGCCAACAACAAUAGCUGCCCAUCGGUGGACGAAACGUCGUCGAACCUGCUGUUGCCGGCGGCGGCGGUGGCGGCAGCGGCUGUGACGGAGGCGACGGCACUCAACAACCGGCAGGCAUGUCCGGUGGCAGCGGAACAGAAGAACAACCUGGAAUCGUUCCGGUCGCAGCUGGACGAGCGCAUCACCAACCUGCAGCUCAGCAUGAGCGAGAUCUAUCUGAUGCGCCUGAACCUCAGCCUGCUCGACUUCCCGAACGAGAUCCCGGAUACGCUGCUACACGAUCGCAACAACCGGCCGCAGGAUACAGGCGAGAGGGCGAACAUGAACUGUAGCUCCUCGCAGAACAACAUCAAGCUCAUCAAAAGAAGCUUCAAGGAGUCGCUGUACGAAAAGGAGAAGAACAUCAACCGGCUGAUCAUGUAUUUCACGAUCUGGCGCGAGAUGCUGCUGAAGGCGGAAUUUGGUGAGAACAGGAAGUUCAAGCAGAACAACAAUUCCAAAGGUAAUGUUGCCGAUGUCACCGUACCGGUGAGCAACAGUGGCGGCAGCGGUCACAUCGCAGCCACCACCGCUUCCACUACCACCGGCACUACCACCACUAGCACCAGCAGCAGUACCGUUGCCGGUGCCAGUGGCCGAUUGGAUGCGUGCGAUGGCCGAAGGACGAUGUCACCGGGAGGCCAUCCAUCGUCGGCGCCAGUACCGGCCUCGACCGCGUCGUCACUGUCGGUUUCCUCCACGAGCAGCAGCAGCUGCAGCAGUAGCGGUAGCGUGGUGUUAACUGGUGGUAUGCUGGCGACGGCCGGCAACGCAUCCAGCAUUGUAGACUGUGAUAUAGGUUCGGGCCUCGAGCCGUCCUCGGACUCGGACAACUGCAUUCGCCGAUACCAAAACGUAUUUCAAUCGAUCACGAGCUGCCAGCUACCGCCGGGUGUGAGCGCUAGUCCGGAGCGGUCGGUCGGCGGCCCUCCACUGCCGGUCCCUGCGGCGGUGGCUACGGUCGGCCUCUGCAGCUACCCGGCAACCGUUGGUGGGACCGGUGUAGGCCGCAAGAACCCCCGAAAGCGGUUGCAGCCGCUUCCCUCCGAACCGGAACCGGACCAGCUGACGGUGGCGGUGCUUGCGGCCAAGCAGCCGAUGCUAUCGGCACAGCUCGGUGCGUCACCGUCGGGUGGACUGAGCUACGAGAACUACGAACAACAACAGCAGCAGCAACAGCACCACCAGCAGCAGCACCAGCAACAGCAGCAGCAGCAGCAGGUGCAGCUGGGAGUGAAGGAGGACAACCAAAGGUACCAGACGAAGGAACCGGACGCACCGAUCAACCUCUCCAAGCGGAAGCUUUCGCGCGAAAGCCCACUGCUACCGGGGCUGGAGCUGAGCAACGGAACGAAGCUACCACCGGGCGGACCCGGUGGUGGUGGCCCGUUCGGGGCCGGUUUGUUCGGACCACCGUGCGACACGGACGAUGUGGGACCGCACCGGCUGGAGCUCGGUGUGCUGUCGGAUAAGGGCCUGCUGGCACCGGUCGGCCUGCUGGACAGUAAGUCGGAGUCCGACAAGUUCUUUCACAAGUCGGCGGCCGGGAAACGGGAGCGGUUGGAGCUGGAGCCCAGCAGCCUGUUCGACUACUCGCCGGAUGUUGGAGGAGGUUUGCACGCGAAGCAUGCGAAGCUGUCGCUCUACCACCAAUCACCGAGCCCACACCAUCGCAGCAGUCCGGACGAGAAGCAGCAACAACAGCAGCAGCAGCAGCAACAGCAGACCACUGCUGGGCUGCUCGGUGAUCCUGGUUACCCACCCUUCUUCCUCAAUCCCACCGAUCAUGGUGGGGCUGGUGGAAAUGGGGUGGUGGUAUCCGCCAGCCUCUCACCCUUCAACAGCAACGCCAUGCUGGACAACAUGAACCGGCACCUGCUGCAGCGGCAGCAAACGAUGGCGGCCGCUGCGGCGGCUGCAGCAGCCCAGGCCCAGGUACAGGCCGCCGUCGGUGGCGGCGGCGGUGGUGGUGGGUCAGGUGGCGGGACCAAGAAGGACAAAGCGAUGGCGCUCGCGGCCGCGAUGGAUCUCGGUGGUGGUGGUGGUGGCGCCGGUGGACCGGAUCUUGGGCCGAGCGGACGGAGCCGGUCGUCCAGCACCGAGAAGAACCACAUCAAGCGACCGAUGAACGCGUUCAUGGUGUGGGCAAAGGACGAGCGGCGCAAGAUACUGAAGGCCUGCCCCGACAUGCACAACUCGAACAUCUCGAAAAUUCUGGGUGCCCGCUGGAAAGCGAUGACCAACCUCGAGAAGCAACCGUACUACGAGGAGCAGGCGAAGCUGUCGAAGCAGCACAUGGAGAAACACCCGGACUAUCGGUACCGGCCCCGCCCGAAGCGUACCUGCAUCAUCGAUGGCAAGAAGAUGCGCAUCUCCGAGUACAAGUGUCUGAUGAAGAACCGGCGGCAGGAGAUCCGGCAGUUCUGGACGCGCGAUUUCGACUGCGCCACCGAGCAGCAGCAAAAGUGUCCGCUCAAGGACCCGAGCCAAGCGAAGCUCAUCAAGAACGAGGCCAUGUAAAACGGGAAAACGGGGAAACAGCUGUGCGUCACCGGCUCGAGCGUAACGCGUUGUGACAGUGUGACAGAGAGCACGCUUGAAGGACGCUUCCGAUCGAUAGGAUAGGGACCCCUCCCCCCUCCCCCCCCCUCCUUCAUCAAGUUUCUCAAUUUCUUAGCUACCAGGAAACAAAAACAACAACAGCAACAAAAGCAGCCGCAAAUCAAGUGAAGCAUAAAUAAAAUUACAAAGACAUUGGAAAAAGGAAAACAACACAACACGGUGUGGCGUGGUUUGGUUUGAUUUGGUGCCUUUUUCGUUUCGAUCACACACGCGAUGAUGUUCGUUUAUUCCAGCUUAGAAUUCUUAGCGAUCAGCGUUCUUACUACAGCCAGAUGGCAAUGACUGCACCCCGAAACACCUUUUAGCGGUGUCUCUAUCCAGAUCCUGAUGUAUGUCGUAUGUGCCGGUGGUGUAGUGUCCUCAUGCCAGGCCAGGCCAGGCUCGGUAUUGUCUCUGCAAAACGAGCGGAAAACGAGGGGAGGGGGGGAAGGAUAUCAACGACUCGGCACUGCUCGCGCUACUGCUACAUUACCUGAUUGUGCGCUCUCCUCUCUCGGGUGGCUGUUGUUCGCCUCUUGUUCGUCAGUUCGUGAGCUUCUCUUUCCGUCGGGCAGCUCUUCGGUUCGGUCACAGUUCGUCAUUCAAACUCGCACAUACAUUCUUUCACACACACACACACACACACGGAUACAUGCCACUCGCCAUUCGUCGGAAACGUAAAUCAAACAAAGAAAACAAAAAGGUGGGAGCCCCUCCAC